AUGACCGUUGAGGAAGUAGCCCAUCUUUUAUGCGUGAAUUUCAAUCAAGAUGCGAAGUCGCUAGCUGUUGGACAUGCUAAUGGCUACAUUCUUUACAAAACGUCAGAUGCUCUAGAGUCUUCAGUACUGUUAGACGAUGCCGACAAUUCAGCCGCAAUACAUGAGGCAAUCAUCGUGGAGCGGUUAUUUAAUUCCUCUCUGGUUGUUAUUGUCUCACAAAAGGAACCCCGAGUGAUGCACAUUUACCACUUCAAGAGCAAGAAUAUGAUUUGUGAUUACAAGUUCACAAAGUCUGUAUUGAAUGUGAAACUUAAUCGAGAUAGAGUUGUUGUCUGUGUGGAGGACUCUAUAUUUAUUUACACUCUGAAGGACAUGAAGCCACUUCAUACCAUUCUUGAUACACCUUUGAAUCGGCUCGGCUUGAUCGAUCUCUCACCUGAGGCCAGCUGCUUGAUAGCAUAUCCAGCAAGUGCAGAAGCUGGAAGCGUGCAUAUCUUCGAUUGUAUGAACCUUUCGGCAGUUAACACUUUCACAGCUCACGACGGACCUUUGGCCUGUCUCAAAUUCAACGCAGAUGGUACAAUGAUUGCAACGGCAAGCAUAAAAGGAACAGUCAUACGUGUUUACAGUGUUCCUCAAGGGACAAGAUUAUUCGAAUUCCGUCGAGGAAUGUCCAGAUGCGUGACAAUCUACUCUCUGGCUUUCUCUGCCGACUCCACAUAUUUGUGCUCUUCGAGUAAUACCGAAACUGUUCAUGUGUUCAAAUUAGAGAAGCCAGAAGAUCAAGAGAAGAAACAAGAGUCAACGGCAGAAUCUUCUAGUGGCUGGUUAGGUUAUCUAACGCAAGCUGCUUCAAGUUACCUUCCAACGCAAGUGAAUGAGCUCAUGACUGUAGAACGAAGCUUCGCUACUGCUAUAUUGCCAGGAUCUGACAAGAAGAAUGUGGCUGCCAUGCCAACAAUCAAAGGUCAACCGCAUCUUCUGGUGGCUACAACGGAUGGUUUCCUGUAUUGCUAUCGCAUUCUGAGUACUGGUGGCGAAUGUGAUCUUGUGAAAAUGCACCGCAUAGGUGUCAAUGCGACGGAGACGAAUAGAACUGAAUCUAGUCGAGCAAGCAACGCAGAAGUGGUGCGAGAGUACCGGAUGCUAACGAUCCCGAAGAUUUCCCACCGAUCUGUCACACAACGGGAUGAUUAUUUGGUACGACUUCCUAUGAUCUAUUCUGUUUUCAGAGAGUCAACGGCAGAAUCUUCUAGUGGCUGGUUAGGUUAUCUAACGCAAGCUGCUUCAAGUUACCUUCCAACGCAAGUGAAUGAGCUCAUGACUGUAGAACGAAGCUUCGCUACUGCUAUAUUGCCAGGAUCUGACAAGAAGAAUGUGGCUGCCAUGCCAACGUAA